AUAACUCCAUGGUACAGUAGUCACAUUACGCACUCAACCUGAAAAAAAAAUCCGAAAGAGGGCAAGAAAGAAGAGUACAAUCUUAAGUCUCAACAUUACCCACAGUUCACUUACAACGACUUCUGGGUUUUUCUCACCACUCACUCUUUCACCAAUCCCACCAUUAAACGCCGCCGUUUCGAUAAGAUAAGCCCCCUUUUACCGGCGUAGUUUCCGAUGGCACAUUCAACCACUUGCUUGUUAAAUAACUCUAUCCUCUUCAAUUCGCCAAACCCAAAAAACCCUUGUUCCAGUUCUCUAUUUCAGUUCAACCCUCUUCGUAUUUGGAAAAAUGAUAAAAAGAAAGUUGGAGCGUCUUCUGUGAAAGCUGUGUACUCUGGUGGUUUUAGGGCACCCGAGAGGAGUUCAUUGCCAGGGCCAGGGGUUUGGUCUAUCAGGGAUGAUCUGCAAGUUCCAUCGUCACCGUAUUUUCCAGCUUAUGCACAAGCACAAGGUCCCCCUCCAAUGAUGCAAGAGCGUUUCCAGAGUGUCAUUAGUCAACUUUUUCAACACAGAAUUAUACGAUGUGGUGGAGCUGUUGACGAUGAUAUGGCAAACAUAAUUGUUGCCCAGCUUCUCUAUCUCGAUGCUGUUGAUCCUAAUAAGGAUAUUGUCAUGUAUGUGAACUCCCCAGGAGGGUCAGUGACUGCUGGUAUGGCCAUAUUUGACACUAUGAGGCAUAUUCGACCUGAUGUUUCCACUGUGUGUGUUGGUCUGGCAGCUAGUAUGGGAGCUUUCCUGCUCAGCGCUGGAACCAAAGGUAAAAGAUACAGCUUGCCAAACUCAAGGAUUAUGAUACAUCAGCCUCUUGGUGGAGCACAAGGUGGACAAACUGAUAUUGAUAUUCAGGCCAAUGAAAUGCUGCAUCACAAAGCAAAUCUUAAUGGUUAUCUGUCCUACCACACUGGCCAAAGCCUGGAGAAAAUAAACCAGGAUACCGACCGUGAUUUUUUUAUGAGUGCCAAAGAAGCCAAAGAAUAUGGUCUUAUUGAUGGUGUUAUCAUGAAUCCACUUAAAGCUUUGCAGCCUCUGGCAGCUACUGCAAGUCCCUAGUUGUAUUGGUGCAUAAACUCGCGCAUUAUAGAAUGUAUUGCGGCAAUUUGAUUAUGUGCUAAAAAUUUUAAUGAUCUUAACGAGUGUCAAAUAUGUACCACAUGACAAUAUUGCUCAGGAUUUUGGUAAGCAGCUCGUCUCAUUUAUAGUUGACAAGCAGUUGAAGUCUAUAGUGUAAUUUGGUGUAAACACCAGUGAUUUCUACUCUGAUAAAUGACGAUUACUUUAUCUUUGUUCUGUUAAA